AUGCGACCUCCGGGCCCCCUCCUGCCUGCCCUGGUCCUGCUUGUGGCAUGGUCCCCAGGCUGGGCCUGGCUACUUGACUACUGCAAGAGCCCCAGCAAGGCCACAUGCAACUUUGUGUGCGACUGCAGGGACUGCUCAGACGAGGCCCAGUGCGGGCACCAUGGGGCCUUGCCUAUCCCGGGCACCCCCUUCACCUGCGGCUUUGAGCAGGAUACCUGUGGCUGGCAGGAUAUCAGCACCUCGGGCUACAGCUGGCUCCGAGACCGAGCAGGGGCUAUGCUGGAGGGUCCCGGGCCUCACUCCGACCACACACUUGGCACUGACCUGGGCUGGUACAUGGCUGUGGGAACACACCGUGGGAAGGAGGCAUCCAUUGCAGCCCUGCGCUCCCCUGUCCUGCAAGAGGCAGCCCCCACUUGUGAGCUGAGACUCUGGUACCAUGCAGCGUCUGGAGAUGUGGCUGAGCUGCGGCUGGAGCUGACCCAUGGUACAGAGACGCUGACACUGUGGAAGAGUGCAGGACCCUGGGGCCCCAGCUGGCAGGAGCUGGUGGUGACCACUGGCCGUAUCCAGGGUGACUUCCAAGUGACCUUCUCUGCUACCCGAAAUGCCACGCACAAGGGAGCUGUGGCUGUGGAUGAUGUGGAGUUCUGGGGCUGUGGGCUGCCUGCCCCCCAGGCCAGCUGUCCCUUGGGACACCAUCAGUGCCAGAACAAGGCCUGCAUAGAGCCACACCAGCUGUGUGACAGGGAGGACAACUGUGGGGAUGGCUCCGACGAAGACCUGCUUACCUGCAGCCACCACAUGGCUACUGACUUUGAGUCAGGCCUGGGUUCAUGGAACCACUCAGAAGGCUGGACCCGGAACCACAGUGCUGGUGGCCCUGAGGACCUUGCUUGGCCAAACCGAGAUCACAGCUGGAACAGUGCACAGGGCAUGUUCCUAGUCUCCAUGGCCAAGUCUGGUACCCCUGCUGUCCUCUCCAGCCCUGAGUUCCAAGCCUCAGGCUCCCACAACUGCUCGCUCAUCUUCUACUACUACUUGCAUGGGUCCGAGGUCGGCUGCCUCCAGCUGCUCCUGCAGAUGCAGGGGCCUAGUGCCCCCCAGGACCCUGUCCUCCUGCGGAAGCGCUGUGGGGAGCUGGGAGCAGCGUGGGUACGAGACCGGGUUGACAUCAGGAGUGCCCAUCCCUUCCAGAUCCUCCUGGCUGGGGAAACGGGUCCAGGAGGCGUGGUGGGCCUGGAUGACCUCAUCCUGUCGGACCACUGCAGAACAGCUCCAGGGAGGUCUGACCUACAGUCACCGCCUACGGGACCUUGGGUCCAGGCCCUCCGGCCCCAGCCGUCCAGUUUCCAUCCCCAGGAGGUCUGUGAGCUGGGAUAUCUCUCUUGUGGGGACCUGUGUGUGCCCCCAGAGCAGCUGUGUGACUUCCAGGAACAAUGCCCAGAAGGCGAGGACGAGCAGGAGUGUGGCACCACGGACUUUGAGGCUGCCACGGCCGGGGGCUGGGAGGAUGCCAGCGUGGGGCAGCUGCAGUGGCAGCGGGUUGCAGCCCAGGAAAGCAGGGGGCCUGGCAGGGACGCUCGCGGGGCUGCUGCUGGGCACUUCCUGUCUCUACAGAAGGCCUGGGGGCAGCUGAGGCCUGAGGCCCGGGCCCUCACAUCCCCCCUGGGCCCCUCAGGCCCCAACUGUGAACUCCACAUGGCUUACUAUUUCCACAGUGACCCCCAAGGCUUCCUGGCACUGGUGGUGUUGCAGGGCAGCUCCCGGGAGCUGGUGUGGCAGGCCCCAAGCAGCAGCACAGGAGACUGGACGGUGGACAAGGUCCUUCUUGGAGCACGCCACCGGCCAUUCCGGCUGGAGUUUGUCAGUCUAGUGGACUGGGACAGCCCUGGCCAGCAGGGGGCCGGGGUGGACAACGUGACAAUGAGGGACUGCAGCCCCACUGCAACCACCGAGAAAGACCAAGAGGUUUCCUGUAACUUUGAGCGGAAUACCUGCGGCUGGCACAUGGGCCACUUCACAGAUGCCCACUGGCGUCGGACACAGAGCCAUGGCCCUGGGUACGACCACACCACUGGCCAAGGUUUUUUCAUGCUCCUGGACCCCACAAACCCCCCUGCCCGUGGCCGUGGUGCCCACUUGCUCACAGGGCCCCAGACCCCAGCAACCCCCAAGGAGUGUCUCAGCUUCUGGUAUCACCUGUAUGGACCCCAAAUUGGGACCUUGCGCCUAAUCAUGAGGAGGGACGGGGGGGAGGACACGCUGCUAUGGUCGCGGUCAGGCACCCAUGGCAACCGCUGGCACCAGGCUUGGGCCACCCUCCAUCACCAGCUAGAGCCUAGCACCAAGUACCAGCUGCUGUUUGAGGGCCUCCGGGAUGGGUACCAUGGCACCAUGGGGCUGGACGACGUGGCUGUGCGGCCCGGGCCCUGCUGGGCCCCCAGGCACUGCUCCUUUGAGGACUCUGCCUGCGGCUUCUCCACUGGAGGGCAGGGCCUGUGGAAGCGCCAAGCCAACGCCUCAGGCCACGCCCUCUGGGGCCCCCAGACAGACCAUACCACAGACACAGCCCAAGGGCACUACAUGGUGGUGGACACAAGCCCAAUUGCACUGCCUCAGGGCCAUGUGGCCUCCCUGACCUCAGAGGAGCACCAGCCUCUGGCUCAGCCCACCUGCCUGAGUUUUUGGUACCACCUAAGCCUCCACAACCCAGGCACUCUGCGAGUCCACGUGGAGGAGGGCAAGAGACGCCAGGUGUUCAGUGUUUAUGGCCACGGUGGGCUUGCCUGGCGCCUGGGCAGCGUGGAUGUGCAGGCUGGGCAGGCCUGGAGGGUGGUGUUUGAGGCCCUGGCUGCUGGCAUGGAACACUCCUACAUCGCACUGGACGACCUUUCCCUUCAGGAUGGGCCCUGUCCUCGGCAAGGGUCCUGUGACUUUGAAUCUGGCCUGUGUGGCUGGAGCCGCCUGGCCUGGCCUGGCCUGGGCAGGUACAGCUGGGACUGGAGUGGUGGAGACACCCCCUCCCGCUACCCACUGCCCACUGUGGACCAUACCCUAGGCACAGAAGCAGGCCACUUUGCCUUUUUCGAAACUAGUGUGCUGGGGCCAGGGGGUCAGGCGGCCUGGCUGCGCAGCGAGCCUCUGCCAGCCACCACUGCUUCCUGCCUCCGCUUCUGGUACCACAUGGGAUUUCCCGAGCACUUCUACAAGGGAGAGCUGAGGGUGCUCCUGAGCAGUGCCCAGGGCCAGCUGGCUGUGUGGGGCAAAGGUGGACACCUGCGGCACCAGUGGCUAGAAGUCCAGGUUGAGGUGACCAGCACCGAGGAGUUCCAGAUCGUGUUUGAAGCCACUCUGGGUGGUCAGCCAGCUUUGGGGCCCAUUGCUCUAGACGAUGUGGAGUACCUGGCCGGGCAGCAUUGCCAGCAGCCUGCACUCAGUCAGGGAGGCAUGACAGCAUCCAUGAUGGUGCCAGCCCUGGUUGGAGGGGCCCUCCUCUUCCUCAUACUCCUGGUGCUGCUGGGACUUGGGGGACGCCACUGGCUGCAGAAGGGAGGCUGCCCCUUCAGGAGUAACAAGGACGUGGCAGCACCUGGCUUUGACAACAUCCUCUUCAAUGCGGAUGGAGUCACCCUCCCAGCACCUGCCACCAGCAGCUCAUAGACCAUCCCAGACAAGGAUCUGGCCCCUGAAUGCACCUCGGACCUGGCCCCAGGCUGGAUCCACCUUCAUCCCCAGAUACCUGACCUCCCCUGAAGCUGGUUUUGGGGGCUCAGAGGACACAGAGCUUCCACAGCCCUCCCCUGUCCAGUCACUGCCCACUUGUAUGGCACAGGGUGCUUGCUCCAUGAAUAAAUGCUCAGUCCUGAGGACUGCCCAAGUUUUCAAGCCGAGAUCAGUUAUCCAUGCAUUUCUGGCCACUGGGUGAGUAGCCCUCCUCAGGAUUCCAGGCCAGACCAAAGAG